AUGCCGCGAGGUAGAACAAGAAGAUAUGCAAAUGACGUCGCCGAGGAACAGUCCUUUUCGCGACCCAGCACUACACCAAGUGAGGGCAGCAAUAAGAGAGUGCGUCUUGGAGGCGACUCUCCCUCUUCUCCUCUGACGCCUUCGCGUAAAGGGAAAAAUGCUCAGGCGGAAUAUCAAAUAGGGUCCAUUGUUCGCGUUAGUCUAAAGAAUUUUGUUACAUACGAUUCUGUCGAGUUCAGACCCGGACCGAACCUUAACAUGAUCAUAGGUCCUAAUGGUACGGGAAAAAGCACGAUCGUUUGUGCGAUUGCUCUUGGUCUCGGUUGGAAUAGUUCGCUCCUAGGACGUGCUAAGGAUAUUUCAGAUUUCAUCAAGAAUGGUCAGGAACGUGCGUCAAUAGAAAUUGAGCUACAGAGUAGACCAAAAAAUGUAAUGUCGCCUCCUGAAUUACUUAUGCAAACUCAAAGAGCUGUUGGUGAAAAGGAAUUGAUUACAUGGCAUGAGCGUUUGAUCAAAUUAAGAGAAGAAGAAAAAAAGUUAUUGGCGACCACUAAAGUUGACAGCGAUGAGAUCGACAAUCUCGAAAAAAGAAAUUCCAUAUUGGAAAGAGAUGUAACCCGUUUCAAAGAAAGGGAAGCCAUAUUGAGAAGAAUUCAGUUAUAUGAAUUACGUAUUCCGUUUGCUCGUUAUGGCGUGGCGAAAAAUUUGUAUGAUGAAAUAAAGAAUGAACGAGCGGAAGCGCAUUCAACUUACAAACGCCUUUUAAAGGAAAACGAACCUGCUAAUGCGAGGAAAAGCGAGCUUGAGGAUAAAUUGAAGGAGGCAGGUGAAGAAAAUAAAAGAUGUUUGGGGUCUUAUAAUGCGAAGACAAAGGAGAUGAAAGAGACUGCGAACAAGUUGGAAAAAACGGAAGGGGACAUCGAUAAUGCACGCAAGGAACUGUCCAGCAUUAAAAGAAGAGAGAGAACGAGGCAGAACUUGAUCACCCAGCUUCGAGCAGAAAUUAAUGACCUGGAAGAAAGAACCAAGGUUCCACCAAGGGUUGACACAUCAGACAUCGAUCGUAGAAAUGGCGAUAUUAACCGCCGUUUGCGAGAAGUGAGUUCACAAAUUGACGACAUCAACGAAAAGAUACAACAAAAAAUUGAGGAAAGCAGGAAUUAUAAUCUGGAGAUUAUUUCAUUACAAAAACAAUUGAAGGAACUCGAUAAUGUGAGGAGACUUCGACUUGAUAUCUUGCGCAACGACUACGAUACCAUUUCUGCUAUUGAAUGGAUUCGAAAAAAUGGGGACAAAUUAGUUGCACGUGUUUAUGAUCCAAUGCUCCUGGAGAUUGACAUUAAGAACAUGCGCUACGCUGACGCAGUAGAAUCCCUCUUGGGAAAUUCUACAAAGACAUUCGUUUGUGAAUCGGAUCAAGAUUAUCAUACCAUCACGAAAGCGCUGUGCGAUAUUCAAAAAUUGAGAAUAAAUGUUCUUUGCAUCUCUCAUUUAUCCAUGAAAGAUUUUCCUUAUCCGAGAUCCAUUGAACAACUUAGGGCAAUAGGUUUUGAAGGGUACCUUUUAGAUCAAAUAAAUGCUCCGCCGAUGCUGCUUACCGCAAUUUGUGACCAGGCCAACUUUCAUAGAAUUCCGGUGGCUAAAAAUGAAACAGAUGUUAACCACAAUGACAUCUUGAGACGUCCGGAAAUCAGGAAAUACAUUGCGGGAAACACAUCAUACUCCAUUACAUCCUCAAAAUACGGUAAAAAGCUCAGUCAAACUUACACAACCAGAAUUAGGCCGGCGAGAAUAUUUACCAAUACAUUAAAUGUUGAACAAAGGCGUAACCUUGAAAGGCAACUUCAAGAAGUUCAAUUAAAAUUACAGGAGAAUGAUAGAAUUAUAGGAAAACUAAGGAAUGAUGAGGCAAAACUUAAUGAAUCUGUUAGAACAUUGCGCGAAGAAAAGGCGCGAAUAAUUGAAGAAAAACGAAGUAUUCAAGCUUCAUUGAGUGAAUUUGAGAGGCUUAAGGUCAAGCUUGAUAAUAAAAGAUCGCAAUUGGAAAGGCAACGACCGAACCCCGUGAAAGAUGACGAAAAAAAAUUGAGGGGCAAAAUUCGUGAAUUUGCCAGAAAGCGUGGUCGACUCGUUGCCGAAUUUCAAGAUCAUUUGAAAGAGAGUAAACAGCUAUUUUCCGAUCGUAUUGUUGCAUCAUUACAACAUAUUCAGUAUUUUUCUGAACUCCAUGAACUUGAAAGGCGAACUAAAGAUAGAAAUGAGGCUUUGAAACAAGCGCAUGUGAGAUACGUGGAAGUCGACGGUAGAUUCAGUUCUGCUAAGGCAAAUGCGAAACGCUUGCUGAAUGAAGCUAAUGCCAAAAUUGAAGAUGUGGAUGAAGAAACGAGACUUGCUCUUCAAGAGAUAAGUCAAGGCAUGUCCCUUGACGAGCUUGAGGAUGCAGUUGCGAGCGAGCGCGCUAAAGCCGAUUUACAUUAUGUUGUAAAUCCUCACGUGAUAGAAAUGUACGAUAAAAGGAAAGCCGAGAUCGAAUCAAUAAAAUCUAGAUUAGUAGUAAAGACGAGGGAGUUAGAAAAGCUGACAGAAGAAUUGUCAUCUUUGAAGGAAAAAUGGGUACCUAAACUGGAAGAACUGGUGAAAAAAAUCAGUCAAGAAUUCUCAAAUGCUUUUGAUCGCGAAGUUCGAGUCAGCACCCAUGAUGACUACGAUAAGUGGGGCAUUGAUAUUUUGGUGAAAUUUAGGGAUAACGAAAAGCUUCAAGCACUUACAGGCCAGCGUCAAUCAGGAGGCUUCAGCAUAGAGUAUGAUAAUUCCACUGUUGAUCAUCUGCGACGUUCACAAAGUUGGAAGGAACUUUUCCUAAGACUUGGAGAAGUAGCGAUGACAUAUUUGCUAAGAAAUGCAUCGAUAUUUAUUGCACUUCCAAAUAAGUCCUACCUUCAAGUAGUAGGAACGUUGAUCAGCGAGAUUCCUUGCUCACCUAGCUCACCUAGCCCAAAGUCGUCCUCCGAAAAUGAUACCGGCAGUUUCUUAACCACACCGAACUCCUCCUUCGACUUUUCCGAUCAAUUCCUUGAAAGCGAUGAUGACUUUGCCAAUUUCCCAAGACAUGCGCAAGGAUUGUCUGGCAAAUUUAUAAAUAGCGUGAUCGUGGAUCGUGUUAAAGAAUCGUAUGUGGACAAGGAAGUUGUACUUGACUUAUUAGAAGAGCAUCUUAAAAAUAAUUUGAUCAAAGCAAACAAUUGGAAUCCCGCAGGGAUCGGUAGUAUCAACACUGCUUUGCAG